GUCUGGGAGCCGCCGGCGCAGGCAGGCGGGCGGCUGUGGGCGCCGCUGAGUGAGGAAAGGAGGUGUUUGCAGAAGGUGAAUUCAGAGUGAGCGAAUCAUGUUUGUCUACAGGUGACCACUGGGUCCUCCUGAUGCAAAAAGCACAUCCUUAGGGGCAGCUGCAGUGUCCUUGGAGCAUCAGCCCACCCUGUGUUGGUCCCUUUUCCUCCCCGUUAUGGCAUUCUCCUAUUGACAGAAGCCUGCAGAAAUGUUCAGUGCCGCCCAGUCCUCCAAGGCUCAGUUCCUCGAUAAAGCACGCCAGGCCCGUGAAGAGCGGCGAGAGCUGAAGGAGCGUGACCGGGCAGCUGUGCAGAUCCAGGCCCUAGUCCGGAGGUUCCUGUGUCGCUGCUGGCUGCAGCGGGAGGUCAGGAGAGAGGUGGAUGAUUUCUUGGAAGCAAAUGGCCCCGGUAAAAGAACAGCCCUCUCCAUCUUCAGGACUUCCCGGAAGCUGCUAUUUGUAUUUAGUUUCCGAAAUGACAAAGAGAGGUUUGAAAAGCUGUGCCGAUGUAUACUUAACAGUAUGGAUGCAGAGAAUGAGGCUAAGGUGUGGUAUGUGUCACUAGCACUUUCCAAGGAACUCACGCUCCUGUGGAUCAAGCAGGUCAAAGAUAUCCUCUGGAUUUGCUGUGAAUAUCUCAAGCAGCUCAAGCCUGACAUCCUGCAAGAUUCCAAGCUGGUGAACUUGCACCUCACCAUGUUGGUGACCUUUACAGACACCUCUACGUGGAAGAUACUGCGGGGGAAAGGAGAAGCUCUGCGGCCAGCCAUGAGCCAUAUCUGUGCAAAUAUCAUGGGACAUCUCAACCAAAAGGGCUUUUAUUCUGUGCUCCAGAUCCUGCUGACCAACGGCUUGGCACGAUCCAGACCUUCCCUCUCCAAAGGCACUUUGACAGCUGUGUUUUCGCUCGCAUUGCGUCCUGUGGUUGCUGCUCAGUUUUCCGACAACCUGUUGCGAUCCUUCUUGAUCCACAUCAUGUCUGUGCCUGCUAUAGUGACUCAUCUCGCAAUGCUGACUCCGGAGCGCCUGUCGGUAAUUGACUCCCACGGCCUCCUGCGCAAAUUCCUGUCGUUCCUGAGCCACGAGGAGCAGUGCAGAGACGUCUGUGUUUGUCUAGAAGGAAGCCACACGCUCUGCCUGCUGGGCAACCUCAUCUGUCUGAGCUCGCUGAACGACAAAGUCCUGGAGGAGGAGGCGGCACCCUUUGUGAGCGUCCUCAUUCAAAUGCUCUCGUACUGCCAAAAGUACGUCUCGCAAAAGAAGUCCAACCUCACACACUGGCACCCUGUUCUUGGCUGGUUCUCUCAGACGGUGGAUUAUGGCUUGAACGAGUCCAUGCCCCUGCUCACCAAGCAGCUCCAGCACCUCUGGGGCGUCCACCUGAUCCGCAUCCUCUUCAGCGACGUCCUCAGCAAGAAGCUCCAGGAGAACCCAGACGCAGUCCGUGCAGCAGCGCCUUCCACCUCCCCACAGAACAGCCUGCCCAUGAAAAGCCUUUUUAAGCGCGCCUUCCAGAAAUCUGCUUCGGUUCGCAAUAUUCUGAAACCCGUUGGAGGUAAAAGGGUGGAUUCAGCGGAGGUGCAGAAAGUGUGCAGCGUCUGUGUCCUUUACCAGAUGGCCCUCACCACGCUGACGCAGAUCCGACUGCAGAUCCUCACAGGCCUGACAUAUUUGGAUGACCUGUUGCCCAAACUGUGGGCAUUCAUCUGUGAACUGGGGCCCCAGGGGGGCCUCAAGCUCUUCUUGGAGUGCUUGAACAACGACACGGAGGAGUCCAAGAGGCUCCUGGCAAUGCUGAUGCUCUUCUGCGACUGUUCCCGUCAUCUCAUCACAAUUCUUGAUGACAUUGAAGUCUAUGAAGAGCAGAUCUCAUUCAAGCUGGAAGAGCUCGUUACCAUCUCCUCCUUCCUCAAUUCCUUUGUGUUUAAGAUGAUCUGGGAUGGGAUUGUGGAGAAUGCCAAAGGAGAGACUUUGGAGCUGUUCCAUUCCGUUCACGGCUGGCUGAUGGUCUUGUACGAACGGGACUGCCGCCGGCGUUUUGCUCCGGAGGACCAUUGGCUGCGCAAGGACCUCAAACCAAGCUUGCUCUUCCAGGAACUCGAUAAAGACCGGAAACGAGCCCAGCUGCUUCUACAGUACAUCCCCCACGUCAUCCCCCACAAAAACAGAGUGCUGCUCUUCCGGAACAUGGUGACCAAAGAGAAGGAGAAGCUGGGGCUGGUGGAAACCAGCUCAGCCUCGCCUCACGUCACACACAUCACCAUACGCCGGUCGCGCAUGCUGGAGGAUGGGUAUGAACAGCUGCGCCAGCUGUCUCAGAAUGCCAUGAAGGGGGUGAUCCGGGUGAAGUUUGUGAAUGAUCUGGGGGUGGACGAGGCGGGCAUCGACCAAGACGGCGUCUUCAAGGAGUUCCUGGAGGAGAUCAUCAAGAAGGUCUUUGACCCUGCCCUCAACCUGUUUAAGACCACCAGUGGUGAUGAAAGACUUUAUCCAUCUCCGACAUCCUACAUCCACGAGAACUACCUCCAGCUCUUUGAGUUUGUCGGGAAGAUGCUUGGGAAAGCUGUUUAUGAGGGGAUCGUUGUGGACGUCCCUUUCGCGUCUUUCUUCCUGAGCCAGCUGCUUGGGCACCACCACAGCAUCUUCUACAGCUCGGUGGAUGAGCUUCCCUCACUGGAUUCCGAGUUCUACAAGAACCUCACCUCCAUCAAGCGUUAUGAUGGGGAUACCAGCGAUUUGGGUCUGACGCUCUCCUAUGAUGAAGAUGUGAUGGGCCAGCUUGUUUGCCACGAACUUGUUCCCGGAGGGAAAACCAUGCCUGUUACCAACGAAAACAAGAUCAGCUACAUCCACCUCAUGGCACACUUCCGGAUGCACACCCAGAUCAAAAGCCAAACAGCCGCCCUCAUUAGCGGCUUUCGGUCAAUUAUCAAGCCGGAAUGGAUCCGCAUGUUCUCUGCACCGGAGUUGCAGCGCCUGAUAUCCGGUGACAAUGCCGAAAUUGAUCUGGAAGACCUGAAGAAACACACAGUGUACUACGGGGGCUUCCAUGGCAGCCAUAGAGUCAUUAUUUGGCUGUGGGACAUCCUUGCCAACGACUUCAGCCCUGACGAAAGAGCCAUGUUUCUCAAGUUUGUCACCAGCUGCUCCAGGCCUCCGCUCUUAGGCUUUGCCUACCUCAAGCCCCCGUUCUCCAUCCGUUGUGUGGAAGUCUCGGACGAUCAGGACACGGGUGACACUCUGGGCAGUGUCCUGCGGGGCUUCUUCACCAUUCGGAAGAAAGAACCGGGUGGGCGCCUGCCCACAUCCUCGACCUGCUUCAACCUCCUCAAGCUGCCCAACUACAGCAAGAAGAGCGUCCUGCGGGAGAAGCUGCGCUACGCUAUCAGCAUGAACACUGGCUUUGAGCUCUCGUAGCCGCCAGCAUCUUGUGGGAGCCGCUAGUGGAAGCCAGACGCCUGGUCUCAGGUUCCUCCUGCAGGCAGAGGAACACCAGGGGGUCCUCUGCUUGGAGUUCGGCAUAGUGGCCCUAGAGGGAAAAGGGCCAGCUCCAGCGCCUGCGGCCUUAACUCGCCGUGGUUUGAAAGCAGCUGGCCUGCCAUUAAAAGCAGCAUUGAGUGCAAACCCUGUGGAGUUGUGGAGCGGGUCAAGCCUUGAUGCACGUAGGUUGAGUUGGGGCUUUCCGUUUCUGAAUCGGUAGCACGGAGGAACCCAGAGAGCCCAGGGAAGGUGUUGCUUGUUAGACAGCCCGGUGAUGCUGCCAUGGCAGAAACCACUGUGAAUGUUCCAGGCAAAUGGUUGGAUUUUGGUGCAAGCAGGCUGGGGUGGGGGGAGGCACAGAGGCACGGGAUGAAUGGAGGGGGCUGGCUUCUCUCUGUCCUGCUUAUGAAAGGCCGGUGGGGGGGAGGCAAGUUGGGAACCGGCUCCUGCUCAGGCUGAAUUGGCACACAAAGGGGCCUUUUUGCCCAGGAGCCAAGGGUUGCUGCCGGUUUGCCAAAAGCCUCGUCUCCUCUUGUCCUGGGAGAUUUCAUUUUUUAGGAUCUCUCGCUUUGGCCAGUUCUGCUACCUUAAACUUGUCCACUUUGUCCUCCAGCAAACAUUUGCUCAUGAAACAAUUUCUCUUCAGCCUUAACAUAUUUUAUGAGAUCUUAUCUUGAUCCGUGCAAGUUUCUUCAGAGGCCUGAUCGUCAGACAGGCUUUGUUAGCUUCCUUGGGCAAGCAGGUUGGUCAUGUGUGAGAUUUCUCCCUGGUGGGCCCUUUCCAGUUGUGAGCGUACCAUCCCUCAGCUGCCAGACACUGUAUUGGACUGUGAGUACAGUCUAGCUUCCUGCAGAGCAGAGAGACAAAGGGCACUUUGACCCCCUCCUCUCCAGAGGAGGCACGCGCUCUUCCUUCUUCUCCCCUGGAGCUGGCUUUCUGCUGGGUCUGGGAGUGAGCAGUGGAGGUGCCUCCAGAGAGGGCUGUCCUAGAACCUCGCUUGCCGCUCACACUGAGCAGGGAGGGACAAAGGGCUCUUGGCCUGUGAGCAAAGCCAAUGCUUCCGGCCCUCGCAUGACUGUGUGAAAAGUGGCUCGCAGAGGUGGUGCCGCUGCAGAGCCCCCGGGGCAGUUCUGGACACUGAUUUCUCAGGGACUUGUUUAUGUGGGAUGCAUUUCACUCUCUCCAAGAAACCGCCAGGAGCAUUGAGUACAAACUCCAGCAAAGCUCAGUAGUCGCAACUGAGUUCCACUCCGUAGGUUUGUGUGUGUGGGUAUUCAUGUUUGUUUCUGUUCACUCCCUCUCUUCACAUUUUGAAGAUCUGGGUGGAUGCACCCCCGGGUUGAGGCCGUCCCUGGUAAACAGGUUGUGGCUGUUCAUUCUUGCUCAAUGUGCCUCUUUGCCCUGGAGGAUCUGGCAAAGCACAGGCGGUGGCUGUUCCUUGCUGCCACCCCGUCGUCAUAUUUCCCCCCUAAAAAUGGAUUAGUUGUGCGCGUACACCCUCCUUUUCUUUUUGCACAAUAGUAGAAACUGUUUUGCUCCCUCCCAGGCCAUGGCGUGAGUCUUUCCUGAUCCCGCCCCCCCCAAGACUGCUGGUCUUAGAGUGUUCUGUCUGCAUGGCUCCACUCCUGCUGGGUAGCUGGUUCUGUGAACCCCCCUGUGCUGGGAUGUGCCUCACAAACCCUCCUCCGCCCCUUGUGGAGAUCCUGCAAAGGAAGGAAAUACCCAGGCUGAGCGUGGCUGUGACUGUAAAUAGAGUACACAAUCCUUCAAGGUUGUAUAUGCUGUUCCAUUCAUCUUUUUUCCUGAAGAGGCGCAGUUGGUACUUUCUGACGUGAGGGUUCUGCCACUGCUGACCUGAAAAGGUAUAGCUCGAAGAUGUAAAAUAGGUUUUUUAAAUUUUUCUAGUGAUGGGCGGGGCCCAGAUGAGCCUACAAGCAUGGAAUGAUUUAACACUGUGUCUCUCUCCUCCAUCCGCACCCUCGCUUUGUUGUCUUUUAAAUGUUGCUAGCAAAUGAGGAGGUCUCUAACCUUUUACCAGCCUGGAGCAUAAUGGCUGUCUUCGGGCUUCUGACAAUAUUGCACUGCAGCUCACGUUGGAGGCACUAUAGCAAGGGGAAGCCAAAGCAAAGGGCAGCUUCUUGGAACAGGAACGGGGAGUGAAUUGCUACUCCCUGGCACUCUGCCGGAAGUCUAAUGUAAGAGGAGGCUGUAUACUGCCCUGCCUAUAAUGCAGUGCGUCUCCCAUCUAUACAUGCAAACUGUGAUUUGUGAUAGCAUAGGAGCACUUUGGCGGCCCACCCCUCUCCCCUUUGCCCUGCACACAUACUCCACGUGCUGAGAAGGGAAGCGUUUACCACUGGGGAUGAGUAAACAGCUCUCCCUCCACCCACCAUGUUGCAGCUUGAGUUUAUGAUCCAGGUGCAUUCUCUUUGACAAGAAAUUCAGGAACAUAGGAAAUAAACUUG